AUGUUUUCCGCUCAAAAGCCAAUAUAUGGCAAUGGGACAGGCAUGAACAUGGGCGGUGGCGGACCCGCCGUAAGCAACCCAGGAUCCAUGCCCAUGCCUGGAGUCCCUUCAUCAAUGGGUCCAGGCAUGAAUCAACAAAUCCCCGGUAGUGGCCCCAUGCUGAUGAACAAUACACCCAGUAAUAAUAAUAAUAGUAAUAAUAAUAAUAACAAUAAUCAUAAUAACAACAACAACAACAACAACAACAACAACAACAACAACAACAACAACAACAACAACAACAGUAGCAAUUACAACAACGACAACAACGGUGGUAACGACGGGAACGCUGCUCGAAACAACCCGAACAUGGUCAAUAAUAGAGGCGCGGUGCAUGCUCUUGAUGAUCCUAACGUAUACCAUUGGAUUUGUCAACUGACCUACGGUCCGCAAAAGGAACAAGCGUUGCUUGAACUAGGUCGCAAAAGAGAACAGUUUGACGAUCUGGCCGUGGUUCUUUGGUCUUCAUUUGGCGUGAUGACCUCAUUGCUGAACGAAAUUAUUUCUGUUUACCCAAUGCUGCAACCCCAAAUGCUAUCCAACAAUCUAUCAAACCGUGUUUGCAACGCGCUGGUCCUUUUACAAUGUGUCGCGUCCCAUCCAGAGACUAAACAUCUUUUUCUACAGGCUCAUAUUCCACUCUUUCUUUUCCCAUUUCUAAAUACCACCUCGAGACAAAGAACUUUCGAGUAUUUGAGAUUGACCUCAUUAGGAGUGAUAGGUGCAUUGGUCAAGAAUGACUCACAAGACGUAAUAACAUUUUUGUUAAGGACCGACAUCGUGCCGUUAUGCCUAAGAAUCAUGGAAUCUUCGUCCGAGCUUUCCAAAACAGUGGCGAUCUUCAUCUUACAAAAAAUUCUACUAGAUGACGUUGGGUUGCAAUACAUUUGCGCUACCUUGGAGAGAUUUUAUGCGGUCACUAAUGUGUUAAAGGACAUGGUCGAGCACUUGACCGUAAGCACACCGCCAGGAAGGCUUCUGAAACACAUCAUUAGAUGCUAUCUAAGGUUGAGUGACGACUUGGAAGCACGCAGAUUGUUAAAAGUCGUGUUGCCCGCCAAGUUGAGAGACAAUACCUUUACAGAAGUGCUUAGAGACGACGUUGGAUCCAAGAGAUGUCUGGCGCAAUUGCUCUUGACGCUAAACGAAGAAACCUCAUGA